CUCUGUCAUAGUUCGGUUCUUGGAUUUUCUCAGUCCCUGAAGCUUUCUUUUCUUCUACAUUUACUUGAGUUGAAGGAUUUUUCUUUUGGAGGUUGCCAGUUAGAGAGAGAGAAAGCCACGGAUUGAGAGAGAAUGGGGAGCAAUACAUUGGUGGGGUUUCAAGACCAUCUGAAAUUAGCGAGGGAAUACGCUCUUGAGGGGCUGUAUGACACUUCGAUAAUCUUCUUUGAUGGUGUUAUAGCUCAGAUCAACAAGCACCUUAGUUCAGUCGAUGACCCUUUAAUGCGUGCAAAAUGGAUGAAUGUGAAAAAAGCCCUUUCUGAGGAGAUAGAAGUUGUAAAGCAGUUAGAUGCAGAGAGAAAGGCUUUUAAGGAAACACCCAUGGGUCGGCGUGCAGCUUCUCCUCCAAUUCAUGCCAAAUCAUCAUUUGUUUUUCAACCAUUAGAUGAGUACCCAACUUCUUCAGCUCCUCCGAUGGAUGAUCCUGAUGUAUGGAGGCCUCCAAGUAGGGACUCUUCAAGUAGAAGACCUGCAAGGGCUGGUCAAGUUGGUAUGAGGAAAUCACCACAGGAUGGGGCUUGGGCUCGUGGUUCCACCAGACCAAAUACUACCACUCGUGGUGCAAAGGCUGGUGGUUCAAGUCGUGCCAACUCUGGUGUCCGUGCAUCAACUACUGGAAAGAAGGGUGCUAGUACUACUGGUAAAUCCAGCAAGUCAGAUUCUGCAAAUGGUGAUGAUGAAGGAAAGUCUAAGAAGGGACAGUACGAGGGACCUGAUCCUGAUUUAGCUGCUAUGCUUGAAAGAGAUGUGUUGGAGACCAGUCCAGGAGUGAGAUGGGAUGAUGUUGCGGGCCUGAGUGAAGCAAAAAGACUUCUGGAGGAAGCUGUCGUUCUUCCCCUGUGGAUGCCAGAAUAUUUUCAGGGAAUAAGGAGACCAUGGAAAGGAGUCUUAAUGUUUGGCCCACCUGGGACUGGGAAGACAUUACUUGCUAAAGCUGUGGCCACUGAGUGUGGCACAACUUUUUUCAAUGUUUCUUCUGCCACCUUGGCUUCAAAAUGGCGUGGAGAGAGUGAGCGCAUGGUUCGAUGCCUUUUUGAACUUGCAAGAGCUUAUGCACCAAGUACUAUCUUUAUCGAUGAAAUUGACUCUUUAUGUAAUGCUCGUGGGGCUUCUGGUGAGCAUGAAUCAUCCAGAAGAGUGAAGUCUGAACUUUUAGUUCAGGUGGAUGGUGUAAACAAUAGUUCCUCAGGCGAUGAUGGUGGCCGUAAAAUUGUGAUGGUUUUGGCUGCUACAAACUUCCCGUGGGAUAUUGAUGAGGCACUUAGGAGGAGGCUUGAAAAGCGUAUUUAUAUUCCUCUUCCUAAUUUUGAGAGUAGGAAGGAGCUUAUCAGAAUAAAUCUAAAAACUGUUGAGGUGGCUCCUGAUGUGAAUAUCGACGAUGUUGCUCGCCGAACAGAAGGAUAUAGUGGGGACGAUCUCACAAAUGUCUGCAGAGAUGCUUCCUUGAAUGGAAUGAGACGUAAAAUAGCUGGAAAAACUCGCGAUGAGAUUAGGAAUAUGGCAAAGGAUGACAUUUCAAAGGACCCUGUUGCCAUGUGCGACUUCGAAGAAGCAUUGAAGAAAGUACAGCGAAGUGUUUCUGCUGCUGAUAUUGAACGGCAUGAGAAAUGGUUUUCAGAAUUUGGGUCUGCUUAAAUUGCAGACUAUUAUGAAGAUCAGUAACGGAUUAACUUCUAUCCCUUCUGCAUAGUGAUUUCUUUAUUAAUUUUGUUUUUCUAUGAUGAUCGUUGUUUUGUCACGGUGUGAUUAAUAGUAAUCCAAGUGUCGGCACCCUUUUGCUUCCUUUUACCACUGAUUCUAAGCAACUUUAUCAUUCACGAAGAGGUUGAAAUUUCGAUUGACAUUCACUUCUGCACCAUUGAAAUGCAUUAUUUUCUUUAUCAUUCACUUCUGUUGACAGAUUAUACUUUAUAUUAACCAUAUUCAAUACACAUUUAGAUGGUAAUAAGUCCUGUCCAAAACGUAAUGGAGGAUUCUUCAUAAGGUGGUUCCUUGCCUUCACACACCUUUUGAAUUCUCGAAAAUGUAUGUUUCUUUCUAAAAUACAUGAAGAAUUUGACUCUUUUGUUUAUAUUCAGGAUCGAGAAAGAAAUUGAAGUGUUCCCAGAAUCUCAAUUCCAUUGUCAUGCAGCCGAUUUCUGGUACGUACACAUUUUAAAUUAGGCCGUUUUGUUUUCCUAAUUACAUAUACUUCAUAUAUAAGCACGUUUUAGAGAUGAAAACAAAGGAGAAACAAUUUGAGUAGAUCGGUAAGGGUAAUUGUGGGGAGAUUUCUACAAUAGAAAACAUGAAUGACCUUUUGAAUUGAAAUGAAAAAUGGGCUCAUUAUAAAACCUAGAAAAGUAGUAUUGGUCUUGGAAUUGGGCCAAUGGUUAUCUGCUUGUAUCAUUCAUGGAUUGACUCAUUCAUUGAACCCUAGAAAAAGGUUGGAACUUGCCUCUAAAAAACCAAAAAAAAGCUCCAAUAAUAAAACCAUACCCCAAACCCAAACCUAAAAUCCAAAACAAAACACAAAACUCUUUUGCUUGUUUUUUGUACUGGCUCAUUCAUUCAUGGGUUUCCU